ACUAAUCGCCGGCGUCAGCAUCCAGAACGGUGGGAAGAAGUGGGGAAGGGUCUUAAGGCACCUGCACCGUUGGAUGUCCUAAACCCCGAGGCCUGGGAGUUUUCAUCCCGAACGACUUCGCCUCUUCAAUUUCACCGCAAGCCACGAAAACAGCAUCAGGCAUCAUGGCAGAAGGAAAGAUCUCGAAGCUAGUGCCGCGCAACCAGAAGGCGCUGCUAGCAUGCAUCAUCCUGACGUCCGUAAUCGACUCCGUGCUCGUAGGCUACGACUCCUCCCUCAUGGGCUCCUUCAACGUCAUGCCGUCGUACAUCUCCUACUUCACGCUCACCACGACGACCAAGUCGCUCAACACGGCGAUCAGCUACAUGGGCGGCGCGGUCAUGGCGCUCUUCGCGGGCCCGCUGACGGACUGGCGCGGCCGCAAGGAGUGCAUAUUCUGGUCCGCUGUGGUUACGCUGAUUGGCGGCGUGGUCCAGGGCGCGGCGCAGAACGUGGGGAUGUUCAUCGCGGGGAGGUUUGUUGUGGGAUUCGGAUUGGGGCUGUCGCAGGUGGCGACGCCGACGCUUGUUGCUGAAACGGCGCCGGUGCAGUGGAGAGGCUUUGCGCUGGGGCUGUAUUAUGCGUGCUGGGGCGUUGGGACGCUGAUGGCGAGUGGCAUUUGUUACGGGGCCGCGCCGUCCCUCUUCUGCAUGGUCAUCCUAUUCUUCAUCCCGGAAUCGCCUCGCUGGUUGGUCAGCCGAGGCCGCCAUCAGGAAGCGCUCCAAGUUCUUGCCAUUGCGAACACUGGCGGCGACACCAGCUCUCCAAUCGUGCAAGUGCAGUUCAAGGAAAUCACAGACACACUGCGCUGGGAGAAAGAGCGCGAGCUUUCCGUCGUGCAGGCCCUAGCGCAGCCCGCGAACCGCAGGCGUCUCCUCAUCACAUCGACCUUCUCCAUCAUGGUCAUGCUUCCAGGAACCAACAUCGUAACCUUCUAUUUCGGGGACAUGCUCUCGAGCGCCGGGAUCAGCGAUCCGACGACGCAGCUGCAAAUUAACGUCAUCCUGACCAGCUGGACCUUCGUCGUUGCGGUAGUCGCCUCUUUCUUCGCGGAUAAGCUGGGACGCAAGACACUCUGCAUUCUCUCGCUAUCGGCCGGUGUUGUUGCACUGUAUAUUCUCGCUGGACUGACGGCCGUGUACGGCAAUUCCGGAUACAAGCCAGGUGUGUAUGGCACGAUCGCCAUGAUCUUCAUCUACAACGCGACGUAUGCUUGGGGAAUUACGCCACUCACCGUGCUGUAUCCACCCGAAGUCCUUUCAUUCGAUAUCCGGGCCGUGGGAAUGGGCAUCUACACCUUCACUACCAAGCUGUGCGGCCUGUUCGUGACGAUGGUGGUGCCAUUUGGCCUUUCUGCUAUUAGCUGGAAGGUUUACAUAAUCAAUGCCAGUGUCGACAUCCUCAUGGUAUCGUUCGUAGUAUUUGUCUGGGUAGAAACCCGCGGAUUGACACUCGAGGAGGUGGACGUCAUCUUCGACGGUGUGAAGCACUCGGAUGUUCCGGAUCUGGAGGCCGUUAAGGAGGGAAAGAAGCUUGAUUUGGACGUGUUUGAGGGUCAAGCGGUGGCGCAGCAGCGAGUUGAGGUCAACGAAAGCAAGGCGUGA